UUGACAGUUUUGUUUUUUUCUUCUUUUGCUCUGAUGCUGCUGAUGACAGGGGCAAAACAACACACGGCGAGCUGCUCAUUUUAACCAUAAGCGUCGAGCAGAACCUGUGUUUCAUAGCUGCUAGUUCCCUGUUGAUAAAUACGGACAACUACGGGAUGUAGCCAAUAAAAUGGAGUAUGAUGAGAGACUUGCACAAUUUCGUCAAACCCGCCUCAACCCCUUCGAUCGCGGAGAGGAAGAAGAUGGUCCCCAAGGAGGCAAGACGCCACCACAACACGAGGCUAAACCUGAGCUGUUCUCUGGGACUAGAAUCCACAGUUCAGAUCGAACCAUGGACCUCGGCCUAGCUGAGGACCACUUCUCAAGGCCCGUGGGUUCCUUUGUGGCGUCAGACAUUGAACAGCUCAAACUGGCCAUAGAGGAGUGUAAGAAGCUGAUCCUGGAGCUGCCUGAACAUUCAGAGAGACAAAAGGACACAGUGGUCAAACUUAUCCACCUGCGCCUCAAACUUCAGGAACUUAAGGACCCAGAGGAGGAUGAGCCGAAUCUGAGAGUCCUAUUGGAGCACCGCUUCUCCAAGGAAAAAAGCAAAAGCGUGAAACAGACCUGUGACAAGUGUAGCACCAUCAUCUGGGGCCUUAUCCAGACCUGGUACACCUGCACAGGGUGCUACUAUCGUUGCCAUAGUAAGUGUAUGAAUCUGAUCACCAAGCCUUGUGUCAGGUCAAAGGUCAGCCACCAGUCAGAGUAUGAACUAAGCAUCUGCCCAGAAAUAGGGCUCGACCGGCAGGACUACCGCUGUGCAGAGUGCCGCUCACCCAUUUCUCUGCGGGGCGUCCCUAGUGAGGCCAGACAGUGUGACUACACAGGCCAAUAUUACUGCAGCACAUGCCACUGGAACGACACGGCCAUCAUCCCAGCUCGGGUCAUCCACAACUGGGAGUUUGAACCACGCAAGGUUUGUCGCUCCUCGAUGCGCUACCUAGCACUGAUGAUGCCACGACCUGUGCUGAAGCUGAAGGAAGUCAACCCGCUGCUAUUCAACUUUGUGGAGGAGCUGGUUGAGAUCAGGAAACUUCGUCAAGAUAUUCUGUUGAUGAAACCCUACUUCAUCACUUGUAAGGAGGCAAUGGAAGCUCGGCUACUACUACAGCUACAAGACCGGCAGCACUUUGUCGAGAAUGACGACAUGUACUCACUACAGGAUUUGAUUGACAUCUCCAGCGGCAGACUCAGCUGUUCCCUCACGGAGAUCCACACCACGUUUGCUAAACACAUCAAACUAGACUGUGAGCGUUGUCAGGCCAAAGGAUUUGUGUGUGAACUUUGCAAGGAGGGAGACAUCCUGUUCCCUUUUGACAGUCACACCUCAGUCUGCCACGACUGCUCUGCCGUCUUCCACAGAGAUUGUUACUAUGACAACUCCACAACUUGCCCACGAUGUGCCCGAAUGACAGAGCGCAAGCAGGACGAGGAGUCUGACCUAAAAGAAGCAUAACUUUGGAAAGAACCACCUGAUGUUACUGGAUGUUGCACUUUGCCUCAUGAUCAAGAAAGUCUGAUGUUGGUGUUAUAACUAGCUUCUCAUCUUUGUCCUUGUUUCGUGUUUAUGCUGCUGUGUCUUUGUUUUUCCUCUGCACUACAUUAUGAAGCAGGGUGCUUAGGAACCCCACCUGGAGAUUAAUAUAAAUAUAUAUAUAUAUAUUUUUAUCAACCUUUUUGCAUUCGUACCUAAAUUGGUUGUACUGAAGACUGUGUGUGUAUGUUUCUCUUUUGUGUGUGCGUCUGCUUGUGUAAAUGGACAAAUAAAUUCCCUAUUGAGAGAAUCCAUCUAAUCAGUAGGCGAGUGACGACGCAGCCGCCUCAUAUCAACUGCUACAAGCCUCAGAUGCAUAAACCUAUACUGCCAACUUUAAGGUUGCCAUAAGGAUUUUAUUUAAUUUAUUAAGAUUGUAACUCCAGGUUCCUGUGACACAACAACAAAGUGAUAUCAACCAAAAAUUUGCCUUUCAGCUACUCGUUGUUAUUUUUGUUUUUUUAUGGUAGAAUCGUGUGCUUUACUAAAGUUUUAUUUCCAAGCAUCAGUUCAUUAGAUUAUAUAAAAACUAAAAACUGCUGUGCUGAAUUGGUUUACUGGUGGGUGUGGAUUCAUAAACUGUGUCAUUGUUAAACCACUUCCUUCUUCUUUUUACUUACAUCCGUAAUCUAAUGAACUGUUUAACACUUCAAGUCUUAAGUCUUAAGAUAGAAGUUACCAGAUCUUAAACUUAGAUUUUCAGAAUCCAAUUUUCUUUGCUUUGAGUUGGUGAUUAUCCACCCUGUGAUUCAUAAAAUAAUAUGGCUUGUAAAGGUUUAACAGAAAAAAUGUAGUCAUUCAAAUCAUAAUUUUAAAUAUACUAACAGUCGUACUAACAUGUAAUCAAAGCAUGCGUUACCAGUACAGUACAUUCUCUUUUAAAGAAACUUGUAACACUGACAAAGAAGGUGACUGGGGGUCGUUAAAUGUACUUUCUCUUUGUUGAAAGCUGUGAACUCAUUUCAUACUGUCCUGUUAAGUGCAGUGUAGCAGCUAGCCGUGGAUACUCGUGGACACUGUGCCUCAGAUGGAUUACAGAUGUUAUCCAGACAUCUUAGCAUCAUCAUGUCGGUAGUUUCAGUCUUAAUGUAUCUGUAAGACAUUUUUAUCCAGUGGUGACAAACAUGUUAAGUGGCAUCUUUGGCAAUGUGUUAAUGCUUAUUUAAAGUAUUUGUUCUAAAAUAAUGAGUUUUGGCUGUGUUAUCUUUCAGCAUGAUGUACUGUACAUAUGUUUUUUUUUUGUUUGUUUUCAACUAAUGGACAUAGGCCUGGUGUCGGUGAAAGCCGUGUCCUGUUGUAAAAUAUGAAUAGUGCAUGAACAAAGUACUGAAAUUCGACUGUCAUUAUAAUAAACAUCUGAUCAGUAUCGGCACAUA